AUGAUGGAAAUUGAGAGGGAGGAUUUGGAAGAAACUAUUGAUCAAGAAGGGGAUUUGAAGAGAAUUCCACCAUGGACAAAACAGAUCACAAUUCGAGGAAUUGUUGCCAGUCUGUUGAUUGGGAUCAUUUACAGUAUUAUAGUAAUGAAGCUAAAUCUUACUACUGGACUUGUCCCUAAUCUUAAUGUUUCAGCCGCUCUUCUUGCUUUUGUAUUUAUCCGAACAUGGACAAAAUUGCUUCAAAAGGCUAAUUUUGUGACGACUCCAUUCACAAGACAGGAGAAUACAAUUAUUCAGACUUGUGCUGUUGCAUGCUAUAGCAUUUCUGUGGGAGGAGGAUUUGGGUCUUAUCUUCUUGGAUUGAACAAGAAGACAUUUGAACAAGCAGGAGCUGAUACAGAGGGGAAUUCACCUGGGAGUUAUAAAGAACCUGGGCUUGAUUGGAUGAUUGGGUUCCUUUUUGUUGUUAGUUUUGUGGGAUUGUUGGCUUUGGUUCCUCUCAGAAAGAUUAUGAUCAUAGACUACAAAUUACCUUAUCCAAGUGGAACUGCAACAGCUGUUCUCAUCAAUGGAUUCCACACUGCUAAAGGAAACAAGAUGGCCAAGAAACAGGUUCAUGGGUUCUUGAAAUUAUUCUCGUUUAGUUUCCUGUGGAGUUUCUUCCAGUGGUUCUACACUGGUGGAAAACAAUGUGGAUUCAUUAAUUUCCCGACCUUUGGAUUGAAAGCUUGGAGACAGACAUUUUACUUCGAUUUUAGCAUGACUUAUAUAGGAGCAGGAAUGAUUUGCUCCCAUCUUGUGAACUUGUCUCUGCUUCUUGGAGCCGUACUCUCUUGGGGGGUAAUGUGGCCCUUAAUACACAAACAAAAUGGAGAAUGGUUCCCUAGUUCUAUACCGGAAAGUAGCAUGAAGAGUAUAAAUGGUUACAAGGUUUUCAUUUCUAUAGCUCUUAUUCUAGGUGAUGGACUUUACAAUUUUGUCAAGACAUUGUUUCUUACUACUAGAAGCAUGUAUGCUGCAUUCAAGAAGAAUCAUCCUAAAGCAGUAGAAUCAGAUAGCAAGAACCAAACCCUUGAUGAUCAACAAAGAAAUGAAGUAUUCAUAAGAGACAGCAUUCCGAUGUGGGUAGCAUGUGUAGGGUACAUGUUAUUCUCUGUAAUUUCCGUACUAGUCAUCCCAAUUAUGUUUCCACAGCUAAAAUGGUACUAUGUUCUUGUUGCCUACAUUCUUGCACCAUCCUUGAGCUUCUGUAAUGCUUAUGGUGCCGGUCUAACUGACAUGAACAUGGCGUAUAACUAUGGGAAAGUGGCUCUCUUCGUGCUUGCUGCUCUAUCUGGGAGAGAUAAUGGCGUAGUUGCUGGACUCAUAGGAUGUGGUCUGAUAAAAUCAAUUGUUUCCAUAUCGUCUGAUUUGAUGCACGAUUUCAAGACGGGUCAUCUUACACUGACUUCCCCUCGCUCGAUGCUUCUUAGUCAAGGCAUUGGGACUGCAAUUGGUUGCAUAGUUGCUCCUCUCACAUUCUUCCUCUUUUACAAGGCUUUUGAUGUGGGCAACCCGGAUGGAAAUUACAAAGCUCCUUAUGCAAUCAUAUACAGAAACAUGGCAAUUCUUGGUGUUGAGGGAUUCUCGGCUCUGCCUCAGCAUUGUUUGCAGCUCUCUUAUGGGUUUUUCGGGUUUGCUAUAUUGACCAAUUUGUCGAGAGAUACAUUGCCAGAGAAGUUCGGAAAAUGGGUGCCUCUUCCAAUGGCUAUGGCUGUGCCUUUCCUCGUUGGAGCUAAUUUUGCAAUCGAUAUGUGCAUGGGGAGUUUGAUCGUCUAUGUUUGGCACAAACUCAACAGCCAGAAGGCUGGUUUGAUGAUCCCCGCAGUUGCAUCCGGUUUGAUUUGUGGAGACGGGUUGUGGAUUCUCCCUUCUUCUAUACUUGCUUUAGCCAAGAUCAAUCCUCCAAUCUGCAUGAAUUUUUUGCCUGCAACAAGUUCAUGA